GUCUACUGGACAGUUUAAAUAAUUACGCAAGAUGUUGUUCUGUCUUUAAGAGUAUAAAAAAACAAGACUUCAGUUGAUUCAGUACAGUACUACAGCGCAAUAAUGUUGAUUCUUGUAACACUUGUAAUGCUCAAUGUGUGGGCUAUACCGGCAGAUGAAGUACUUUCACCAAACAUUAAUAUCCUUGAAGAACUAGGAAAAAUAACAGCCAUGGAAAAAAAGAUGAAAUCUAUGGAGAAUGAAAUGGAACGACUAAAAACAAAGAACGAAGAACAAGCAAAAGAACUGAAGAUUUUGAAUAAAACAACAGCUGACACAAAGAUCAAUAUGGAUGAACUAAUGAAGCUGAAUCAAGCUCCUAAAGUGGCUUUCUCAGCCGCUCUGUUGACCUCUUUUGGACCACAAAGCAUUGGACCCUUUGAUAAUGGUUUACACACUCUGAUUUACAAAUACAUCUUCCUUAAUACUGGAAAUGCCUAUGAUCCAAACACAGGAAUCUUUACAGCACCUGUGAGGGGAGCAUAUGCUUUCAAGGUCUUCUCCAAGGCCUUUGGAAGUCCAGAGAAAGCCGUUACCGCAGGCCUGUUUAAAAAUGACCAGCAUAUCAUUUCUACACAUGGACACCAAGCAAGCGGUUUUAUCAGCUCUUCAAAUGGAGUCUCUCUGCUGCUAGAAGAAGGGGAUAAAGUGAAGGUAAAUCUCUAUCCUGGACAAUGGAUUUUCGACAAUGGAGAACACCAUCACAGCACAUUCAGUGGACAUCUGCUUUUCCCAAUGUGAACUUGCAGGGGAAAAAAAGCAAUUCUUAUAAAAAUCUAUUUACUUAAUGUAACUGAACCCUAAAUCAUGUGGCUGUCAAAUUCAUAUUAUAAAAUCAACACAAAUAUUCUUCAUAUCAUGGCUCAGUUUAAGGCAAUAGUAUCAUUAGUGCAAAAUGCUUCAUGCGUGUAAAAUAAAAUGAAAAUGUGCAGAAUGCAACAUUACAACUCAUGGAAAGAAAGAUUAAAGAUUACAAAUGUACGAAUAAUGACGCAACAA